AAAAAAUAUUUGAGAUAAAAGCGUAAGAAGAGAAGAGAGUAUCUCUCUCGAGUCUGAAUUGAAUUGACUGCGUGCGACGAUACAAAUAAACGUAAUGUGUAAAUCUUUGAGAUAAGGUACUACCAUUGGUGAGGGCAAAGAACAUGCAGCUCGUAAGUUUCUGACAGUUUGUUCUGACUCUUAAAAGACGGCUAUCUCAAAUAAACGGGCCGAAGUAGACGCUAGAGUUCCUCCGAUGACAAAACGUUCCUAUUGUUCGACAAAUUGAUCAUGGAUCCGAAUAAGAAGGAGGACAUUAACGGUUGGUGCUCGAAAACGGAACCGUUUUUAGGACAUAACAACGAAAAUCCUGUAAAGGAUCAGAAUAAUGAAGAAAUAGUACAAACUUCUCCAGAGGGGAAAAAACUCUUUCAAUAUAUCAUCACCUUGAGCGCCAGUCUGAUUGGUAUGCAAAGUGGUAUGACAUUAGGAUGGACAUCACCAAUUUUACCAUUUCUCAACUCGAAAAAAUCCUUUAUUCUUUCACUAACGGAAGAAGAAACUUCUUGGAUAACAUCGUUAUUAGCUUUGGGAGCGAUACUAGGAGCGGUACCGGCCGGAAAAAUAGCUGAUUUUUUUGGUAGAAAGUUAGCAAUGGCUUUAACAGCAAUACCCUUUUUGAUAUCAUGGAUCACAUUAAUCUUCUCAAGAAAUAUUAUUGGUGUAUAUGUGGCUCGUUUCGUUGGUGGUAUUGGUUCUGGAGCUGCUUGUGUUUUGGUACCAGUUUACAUCGGUGAAAUAGCUCAAGCAUCGAUCAGAGGAAUGCUUGGUACCUUUUUUCCACUUUUGUUUUCAUUCGGCAUAGUUUUCUCUUAUGUGAUGGGUGCCUAUCUUUCUUACACGAGCUUCAACGUAUCUUGUUGUUUUGUAUUGACCAUAUUCCUCGUGAUAAUUGUGUUCCUUCCGGAAUCACCGAUGUGGUUGGUGCAUCGUGAAAAAAAAUCACAGGCUGUCAAAGUCCUCAAGAUAUUACGUGGAGUUAAUUAUGACGUUAAAGAAGAAAUAUCUACGUUGCAAGACGAGGCAGACAGACUAGAAGCUAAAAGAGGAGGUAUCAUGGAUCUUAUCGGUACAAAAGCUGGACGAAAAGCUUUCGGUACCUGUCUUGGUCUGAUGUGGUUUCAACAGAUGUCUGGGAUCGAUGCUGUACUAUUUUACACAGUUAGAAUAUUUCAAAAUGCUGGUAGUACGAUCGAACCAUUCGUUGCGACCAUCGUUAUUGGCCUAAUCGAGGUCAUAAUGACGAUUUGUGUCGUUCUGAUCAUUGACAGAUUCGGAAGGAAACCUUUGUUGGUAAUUUCUGGUGUAGCAAUGACGUUAUGUCUCGGUGUCCUUGGAUAUUAUUUUAAAAUAAAAGCCGACGGUAAGGACGUUCUUUUUCUUGGCUGGCUACCGUUGACGUGUCUUUCCUUAUUCAAUGUCGUAUUCUCGAUCGGCUAUGGAUCUGUACCAUUCGCGAUGAUAAGUGAACUUUUUCCACCCGAGACUAAGGGAGUAGCCAGUAGCAUCUCUAUUAUGGUACAUUGGAGUCUGGUAUUUGCCGUGACGAAGCUCUUUCCAAAGAUGGAAAACGUCCUGGGAGAAGCUACGACGUUUUGGACCUUCGCUUGUUUCACUGCAUUGUCCGCGGCCUUCGCCUUCUUUUUUGUCCCUGAAACGAAAGGGAAGACUCUUCAGGAUAUUCAAAAGAAACUGGAACGAAAGCGUAAGCUGAUCAAAGACGUACAGUCUGUCUGAGGAGUCUCACUCUCUCUCUCUCUCUCUCUCUCUCUCUCUCUUUCUCUCUCUCUCUCUCUCUCUAUCUAUCUCUCCCUAUCUCUGUCCCUCCCUCUCUCUCUCUCUUUCUCUCUCUCUUUCAUGGAAUUUUAUCUUGAUUAUUAUAUGUACUAGCGCUUUACGCUCGACAAACGAAGAAAAACGUGAUAUACAAUUUGUCACUGAUUAAACGUUUUAUGUUCGUUUGAAAAAAAAAUAAUUAAAAAAAAAAAUUUGCUUAUAACGAUAUUAAUUUAUUCUUAGUAAAGCGCUUAAAAGAGAUAUUUCUUUUUUUUUUUUCUGUACAAACCAUUUUCUUGACUAAGUUCUUUUUUUUGCAAUUGUUUUACUUUGAAUUACUUUAGUAUUGCACUUUCUAUAUUUCAUUCGAUUUUUAAUAUAAUAAAUAAAUUUUCCCAUCUAUUGUAUACACAUACGCUCGCGCGCGCGCACACACAUCUUCAUUAUUUUUAUAGAAAUACUAAUCUAGUUUCUCUCUCUCUCUCUCUUUCUCUCUCUCUCUCUCUCUUCCUCUCUCUCUCUCUCUCUCUCUCUUUUUCUUAUUAAUUGAUAUUAUAAAAAAAAUAUAAGAAACAGCGUAUAUAUGCUACACGUCAUUGUACGUAAUCUCUGGACAAAAAUAACUUUAUUGUACAUAGGCAAUUAUAUGUAAGAGUCACAGAGAUUAUGAUUAAUUUGUAUAGGAGAUACAGCAAUAUUAUUUAUAAUAUUAUAAGAUUACGUAAAGAUAUAAUAUCGUAAUAUAUGUAUAUGUAUAUAUUAUAACCGAUUUAAUUACAUACAAGACUAUAAGAAAAACUAGACAGUUUAAAUAAAUAAAUAGAUAAAUAAAAGAACAAAUAAAUUUAGUAUGUACAUUGAAAUCGGAAAUAUCGUUUAUAAAGAUAAAUAUCUUGUCUAUUUAUAAUAAAAUUAAUUUUAUUAACGAACAAUCGAUAAUUGUAUUGUCAGAGAAAAAUGAAAAGAGAAGUAAUAAUAAUAAUAAAAAUAAUCUUUUAAACGGGUCGAAAGAGAAGAAGCAAUAUAAAUGACCUUGAAAUAACACGUUGCGUUAUUGCGGUAUAAUAAAUCAAGCUUUUAUACAAACAUUUUUUUGAACAAUGCUGGCUAUUUCUCAAUCGACCUUCAAGCACACGCAGUCGAAUGAAUUACAUGCUUCGUCAGCAUACAUAUAUAUGUGUAUGCGUGUGUACGCGUGUGCGUGCGUGUGUGUAUAUAUAUAUAUAUAUACAUACAUAUAGGUAAUGUACAUACUUUCUUGAUGCUAACUGUGUGACAUC